CGGGCCCCGCCGCUUUCCGCUGCCGGGCGGCGCCGCGCGCUCCGCGGUGCGGCUGCCCGGACGCCAUGAGGGAGGCGGAGGUCAGGAGGCUCCUGGCUGCCAACCUGCUCUGCGCUCUGGCCAUCGUCCUGACCGCCGUGGCCCCAGCUUUCUUCCUGGACGGAUUCAGCGUCCUGGGAACGCACCUCACGUGGCUGUGUGUUUGUUCUGUUUGUGUUGCUACCCUUAAUAUAAUCUUGCACUUAGUCCUUAAACCAAAUCAGUCUCCUAAGAGACGUUCCUUUGCUCAUAAGAUAUCCAGAUUUCUAAAAUGCUGUAUAUACUUUUUCAUGUCUUGCAUACUGUUUCAUGCGAUUAUUGUUCUUUACGGAGCACCUCUCAUAGAGUUAGUGACUGAGACAUUUUUGUUUGCAGUUCUUCUGUCUACAUUUACUACUUUACAAUGCUUGUGUUUGCUGGGACCAAACAUACAGGCAUGGAUACGGGUAUUCAGUAAAAAUGGAGCUAUGUCCAUAUGGGAAAGCAGUCUACAGAUUACUUCUGUGUGCAGUAUACUUGGAGCUUGGUUCGGAGCAUUUCCUAUUCCUCUUGACUGGGAUCGGCCUUGGCAGGUAUGGCCCAUUUCCUGUUCCCUCGGAGCUACCUUUGGCUAUAUGGCUGGUCUGAUUAUUGCACCUCUGUGGAUACACUGGAACCGGAAGCAGCUUACAUACAAAAGCAGAUAACUGGAGCAAAAAGAGACAAGGUAUUUCUUUGUGCAGAUUUCAUACAGACUGUGCAAAAGUUGGGGUUUUUUUAAUAUAUAUAUAUAUAUAUAUAUAUAGUAAAAGCAGAAGACUGUCCAAAUUCAGUUAGAGUAUUUCAGGCCAAGCAUCUCCACUCAGUAAGAUCACAUAGAUGCCAUUUCAGCAUGGUGCAAUUUUUGCUUCCUCUAGACUGUGUAACCCUGAGAGAUUGUACCUUCCAGUCUAAAUAAAAUAUUUGUAACAAAUGUGGUGUCUUCUUAUUACAAGUCCAUUGAGUUUGGUUUUAUUCCUCUGGAUUUCACUGGUUGUAGAAGGCAGAAACGUAGGUUUAACUUUCAAACCUGGAACAAAUUCACUAUGUACUUAAUGCAUUGUAUUUAA